AUGGGCGACAGGAUUAUAUCUCUUCUCUCUCUCUCCCUCCUCUCCGUCCUCGCCUCCGUCGUCCUCUCUUCUCCUACUCGGCCGGGUACCAAUCCCUUACCUCUUGUGAUAUGGCAUGGCUUGGGAGACAGCUAUGAAAAUGACGGGAUGAAAAGUAUUGUGAAGCUUGCAGAAACAACAAACCCGGGCACAUAUGUCCACCUCAUCCGAUUCGGCGAGUCUGGCAGCGAGGACCGAGAGGCCACAUUCUUUGGCAAUGUUACUGCCCAAGUCGACGAGGUUUGCCGGACUAUUGCGUCGGAUCCCAUAUUAAGCAAUGCCCCUGCUAUAAACGCGCUUGGUUUCUCGCAGGGCGGCCAGUUCUUGAGAGCUUACGCCCAGCGCUGCAACAACCCUCCGGUUCACAACUUGGUCACAUUUGGCAGCCAGCAUAAUGGGAUUGCGAGCUUCACAUUGUGCAAGGAUUCUGGCGACUGGUUAUGCUGGAGUUUUAACGCCCUGUUGCGCUUUGGAACUUGGUCUAGCAUUGCCCAGUCUAGGCUAGUGCCAGCACAGUAUUUCAGAGACCCAGAGGAGCUAGAUGACUAUCUGAAGUACAGCAACUUUUUAGCUGAUGUCAACAACGAGAGGGAAGUAAAAAAUAUGACGUACAGGGAGAACCUGAUGAUGCUGAACAAGUUUGUGAUGUAUAUGUUCAAAGAUGACACUACCGUUGUCCCAAAGGAGAGCGCUUUUUUCGCGGAGGUCAACGCCACGUCAGGAGAACACACGAAGCUGCAGCAACGACCGAUUUACAAGGAGGACUGGCUCGGACUGAAAGUACUAGAUGAGCAGUCGCGCUUGGAGUUCCUAACAAUACCCGGUCGGCAUAUGCAAUUGAGCGAGGCCCUAUUGGUGCAGACUUUCCGCAGCUACUUUGGUCCUCUUCAAGAGUCAGCAACUGAAGCGGUCAGAACAGCGGAUUUCAAGGUCCAGGAAUAG